GCGACACUUCCUUACCUGUGUGUUCAGCCAACCCAGUGAACAUAAUCUCGCACUGUUGAAAUCACGUUCCGUUAUUCACGAUCCGACCAACCUUUGAAACAACCUCGGAAACCUUUGUGUCCCGCUACCGUUUUUCUGUCCUCCGUCCCCAAAAUUUCCCCGCUGUCAGCUUUACUACCUGCAGACAACACCUCACCGCUUCUGUCUCCUAUAACCCCUUCAUCCUCCUCAGUCCUUUGCACCAGUUCCCUACCUUUUGCGAUACCUCCCGAAGAUACCAUACAGUAUCUGUCAUCUCCUUCCCAUCAGGAACACCCCCGUUUUCCCCAAAUAAUUCAUCAUGGCGAACGACGAGUAUGAUUUUCUAUUCAAAGUUGUCCUCAUUGGAGACUCUGGUGUUGGAAAGUCCAAUCUUCUCAGUCGCUUCACUCGUAACGAGUUUAACUUGGACUCUAAGUCGACUAUUGGUGUUGAAUUUGCCACUCGUUCUAUCCAGGUCGAUACCAAAACCAUCAAAGCCCAGAUUUGGGACACCGCUGGCCAAGAACGCUACCGUGCCAUCACCUCUGCCUAUUACCGGGGAGCUGUUGGGGCUCUGCUAGUCUACGAUAUCUCUAAACAAAUCACCUAUGAUAAUGUUACUCGCUGGCUCAAGGAACUCAGGGACCAUGCUGACAACAAUAUUGUGAUCAUGCUGGUUGGCAACAAGAGCGAUUUGAGGCACCUAAGAGCUGUUCCGACUGAGGAUGCAAAGAAUUUUGCGGCCGAGAACCACCUUUCCUUCAUUGAAACGUCGGCCCUCGAUUCUACGAAUGUUGAGCUUGCUUUCCAAACAAUUUUAACAGAAAUCUACCGAAUCGUCUCCAGUAAAGCUCUAGACGGGGGAGACCAGCAUCAAGUCAGCCAACCCGGAAGUAGUCAGCCCCUUCAUAUCACCCCCACAGCCGAAAACUCUACCAAGGAUACCAAGUGCUGUUGAGUUGUUAGAACUUUCUUUGCAUCCCUCCCUUCGAGAAAAUGGGAUUGAAAGGUAAGGGUGGCACAACGCCGAGUGGGUGGCAGGUUGAAACUUGAAAUUUAUGUUCUGUUCUUUCCACUUCUCUGUACGUACACUACAAACACCUGAUUUGGAUGAGUGUUCAAGGAGCUCGGGGCUUAGAUUGAGCUGGAUCAAGAUAAAGUCACGACGAAACACGAAUGCACGGGAAACUGACUUUUACUUACAUCUGGGGUUGUUGGGAUUUUCUUGUUUCUUUCUCACUUCAACAGGAUAGUGCUUUUGUUGUUUUUACCCCUAUGUUCUCUACAUUGAUUUAUUUUAACCUCUAUGUCUAAUCUUCCUAA